AUGGACAGACAAAACGUCAGCCAUUCCCGCCGUGCUGUCGGCUCCCGUGUCAGCAGCAUCCCGAACCGGCCGCAGUUUUAUGUCCAUCUCGACUUCGGCCUGUCGCUGUCACCAGGACACAUUCCCAACAGCCAUACGGUCAGCUACCAGUCGCAGAGCCUUCGAGAGCGACUUGCCCACUUGCCGCACAAACCACCGCCAACCAUGUCAGCCAUGCCUACCAUGCCAACCAUGCCAGCGACAGCUGCGAGAGCCGUAGUGCCCGAGACACAAGCUCGACGGCCGGCAGCAACAGCCAUACACGACGUCCCUCGGCCGUCGUUCAGCGACCACUACUACUACCAGUACCAACACAACCGCGGCCAGACCAGAAGGGAUGCACGUUACGACCCUCCACAGCAGCCACAGCAGCCACAGGCCGUCUGGAAGCCGCUGCCUGAGGUGCCUGGUCGCUUUCGCCUGGGCGAGACGGAGCUGCCGUGGUCCACUGGGCCGGAUGCCGAUCCGGACGACGAGAGGCUACGGCCGUCUUCACGUGCCGAAUCCGACGACGGCCACUCGAUCCUGCAUCCGUUCCGCAGCCGUUCACAGGAGCCCCCACCCGUCUCGGCCUCCUUUUCCAACAUCCCGACAGUCCUGCCGCUCCAGUCGCACGUGGCCCUCGAGCUUGAUCCCCGUCGGCGACAGGAACUUGAGUCGCUGUCGGCUGCCAUGGUCACUGUCGACAACGGCUUCGAGAGCCAGUGGUGGAAUCAGGGCGGCCGUGACAGGCUGCCCGUGGCCGAUGUCGACGGCGUGCCCGAGCAGAUGUCAUCGGCGCCACGCGAGCGUACCGUCUCGCUCGGCUGGGCCGUGGCCUCAUCGUCUGCUUCGGCUUCGGCCUCGGCAGCAGCGCCGACUCUGGGAAUCACCCGCUCGGUCAGCGACAACGUCGUCUCGCCCUGGUCUGCCUCCGCGACCCUAGAAAUCGGCCAGCCGAGCCGCCAGAUGACCGUCUCGCCCAUGACUGUGGCCAACGAGGACUUCCUUUUUGCCAACCCAUCGCCGGAGCCGAGGAGUCGGUUGAGCCGCACCUUGUCGACGCGGUCAGAAGAGCUGUUCCCGACGAGAUCGCGCUAUGCAUAG